UGUGUGGCAGCACUCGGACGCUCUCUUUCUGGUAACCUAAAUGUAAAUAUCAGUCUUGAUCAUGGUGAGACGGAGAAAUGAGGAACUAGAUUUGAAUGGUGCAAAUAAGCUGGGAAACCAAAACCACUGGUUUCCUUUUUUUAAAUAUAAAACCAUCAAUAGAUUCUACAAAAAUGACAGUUACUGUGAGGAAGUACCGACUGCACACAACCCUGGAUUAAAAAAAAAAAACUUUCUAAGAAUGGGAAGAAAGAGCACAAUAAAAUAGACUAUUACAACACAUCAUUUCAGUGAGACAAUUGUUUUUAUAUUUUUUUUUACCAAUACAUGACUGAGCUAGACUUCAUUUCAAGGCAUAUUUAAGGGUGGAAACGUAAGGCAUUUAUCACAACUGUUUCUGCAGAUGAUAUCCCUCUGUUGGCCGGUUUCAUUCAGCUAUAACUGGAUUGGAUUAAAUUCAAGUGUCCCUUCGGAAGAGGACCAACAACCCUCAAUAACCUUGAAUACUAAUUCAAUUGGAGGAGUAAGAAGUGACUAUAACGCUGAGUGGAGUGCUCUCAGGUGUCUCUACUGUUGGUGAAGACGAAAGCCACAGCAGGACAAGAGAUUUAAUUCUCUUGGGAAAUUCUGUCCAAUGUCUAAAAACAGCACGUAAAACAGAACUAACCUCUUCAUCGAAGUUGGCUCAAACUCUCUGGAUAUAGAUAUACAUGCGAUGUUUUUUGAAAUUUUAUUUUAUUUAGAAAUACCUGUGCUCACAAAGGUCCCUUGCACCCACACAGCAGAAAAUUAUCAUACGUUGUACCUGCAAACAGGCCCAACUCAGUUCAACAUGAAUUUACUCUGCUUUCCACUUGGCAGGCUUCAGUGAACAGUAAGCAGAGUCAAAGCACUCAUGUAGACACCCUCCCCCUUUUUCAAAUCCUUGUGACUCAGCUCUAGCAGAACUGUCUGGAGAAGGAGAGAGAUGUCCAUUUCUGCAGCUCGCAUAGUAAACGUGCAAUGCUGCUGAGCGCAUUGCUCUUUUUAUUCUCUAUAUUCCAAUGAAAAAACACAAGAGGUCACGGUCAAGGUCACGGUCCAGAUCUUAUUCUCCUUCUUAUAAACGGGAGAAGAAAUACCCAAAGGCCUACCAAAACAGUGGUGAUUUCCGUGGAUACCACCAUGGCUCCCGAAGGCCGUACAACUUCAGAGGAAGAGGCCGGGGCUACUUCCCCCGUGGACGCUUCCAGCGUGGUGGGAGAGGUGGUGGUGGCGGUUACAACAACAAUAAUUACCGAAACUACUGGAAAAACAACAAGCAGCGUCCUCCAAAGCAACAACAGCAGCAAAGGUACUCACAGGACGGAUACUACAACACCCAGAAAUGCUCCAGGAGCCCCACCCAGAGUCAUUCACGCCACUCUGACCGAUCCUCUACACCAUUGUCUAGAAUCUCUCACCAUUCUUCUCCUUCUUCGCACUCCUCCUCCCCCAAAAACAGACUAUCAUAUGUGCAGGCAAAUCAAACGGCCAAAGAGGAGAAAGAACAGGUUAAGGCCUCCAAAGAUGUCCACUCAGAAGAAGAUGGUGAUGGACAAGAAAAGGCCCUUGUUCAGAUGGACGAUGCCCCUGAUGGCCAAACCAGUGAGAAAACUGAAGGGAGCCAGAAAGGCUUGAGUGAGAACAACAGUCCUAAGAGAGCCGAUCCAGAGGAGAGCUCUGCUGGUGUUGUUGUCCAAAGCAGCCAAGCGUCUACCCAGAAAAAAACGAACGAGGGUGACCCCUCACAGACAGGUGGCUCAUCCUCGACCAAGAAACCUGCAAAAGACGGUCUGAAUCCAAUGCUUUCUAGCUUUGACUUCUUCUCCAGUGACGAAUACACGGAUGCGGAUAAACUAGCCCUCUCCGUUGCUUUUAAAAAGUUUUUGGAGGAACAGAAUAAGAAGUCACAAACUCUGGGCGUCACGCCAUCAGAUGCUUCGGAUGGGGAGCAUAAAAGCAUAAACAACAGAGAAGCCAAGGCCAUUUCUACCCUUGCAUCUAGAGAAAACAAUACAGACAGCGAUGGCGAAGUGUCUCUGAAAUGCAAAACAUCGCCUUUUCCGAGCAACGACCGCAAUAAGGACGAGACAUUAAAGAGGUCAAACCUCAAGUCAUCUCCUCAUGAAGAUGAGCCCUCAAAGCAGAAAGUUGCUUUCUCAGGUUUCGGAAAAUGGCAGAGUGUCACUUAUUCGCAGAGCAGCAGUGACCAUGAGAAUGAAGGGGAUGAGAGGUAUCCCACUCAAAGCCACGAUAAGACUUUCGCUAAGAAGGAACUUCGUGGAAAUUGCGAGGAAACUUCUGAUAAAAGGAGUUUGGCUAAAUCAGUGGCGUCCUCCAUCAUGGCAACUUCGAAGGGAAGAAACCCAGAGAGAGAGAAGUCUAUGAAUCAGAGAGAUGAGUUGUCUUUUGCGUCCCUGAGAAGACAGGAACCAAAAUGUAAUAUAAGAAUGGAUUACUUCAGAGAAAACUUCAUAGGUGCUGCUGACAUUUUGGCCGAAGAGCGAGAGUUCUCACACAGUCUCGCACAAUCCUCGAAAAGGGACCAAGAGUUUCGCUCCAUUUUCCAGCAUGUGCAGACUCCUCACACGCAGAGGCUGCCUACUGAAAUGUUUGCUCAACACAUAGUUGCUAUCGUCCACCACGUCAGAGCCCAUCAUGCGACACCAUCAGGAAUGUCUCUAAGCCAGCGCUUCGCCAUGUACCAAAGACAAGCUGCAGAGAAGGAAAUGAUGAAGCUAAGAAAAAGUCCAGAGAUUCACAGGAUAAUUGAUGUUUCACCAAGUGCUUUUAAGAAAAACGCUCAACUUUUUGGGGCGAUGAAAAGCUGUGAAGAUGGCACUUUCAAGCAGACCGGGGAAAAACUCAAGGGGGAUCCCAUGGAUCUACGUUUGGAUAUAGAACGCCGCAAAAAGUCUACCAGAAGAGAAAAAGAUCACAGUGAGGAGCUGGGAGACGACAUGCUUGACUACAGGGAAUCUAGCGGUGAAAGGUCUGAGGAGAAACACCACAAGAAGUCAAAGAAAAGUAAGAGCAAGCGCUGCCGCUCCAGUUCAUCCUCCUCUUCGUCUUCCUCUCUGUCACAAAGAGAUGAGGAUUCUCUGGACAAAAAUUUGCAACAGGAGGAUGAGGCUGCUUCAAGAAGCCAUUUUGUGCAAGGGAUGUCACCAGGAGAUGCUGAGAAAGACAGAAUACGUGACAAAUUUCAAAUGCGCCUGCGUGGAAGGAGUUGGAACAAAGGCAACAGAGAACAAGUAAGCAACUCACGGGUUUACCAAGAAGACUGGGACCCAGAAUAUACAAGGGGCCGGAAACACUACUUGCAUGAGAUCAGAGACGGAGGCGAGGAAUCCAAUUGGACAAACAAUCUUCGAGGGGAGGGCAAAGGAACUGUCCCACGUGGAAGGGCCAGAUUUAUCAUACGCAACGCCCCAACUGGACCAAACAUUCAGCGUUCUAAAUGGACCAGCGAAGAGAGCACAGUCAACAGGAAGCAAGAAGGCAUGCGUAUGGAAACUGGAGAGGACGAGACGGGAGGAUAUAUCAACGGAGGAACUUCUUAAUCCCUGUCAUAAAUCUUAGUCGCCCUUCAAGUCAGAUUGGGAUCCAUGCGAGAAUCAUGUUUUAAGUCCAUGGCGUUAUGGAAACCCUGCAUCGGUUACUUGGGCUGUUACUUAAGGCGUUAUUGAACUCACAUAGUCAUUCACAGCAGUAUCAUGUAGGCCGGCGGGAAUUUGCUUUUUCCAAAGCUAGCUCUGACUGGAUGGAAACCAGGAGGUAUCAAAGAGGGAAUGUCAUCCCUUCACUUGGGCAGGGGCCUGAACUGUGGUCUCCUUGGAGAUGGACAGUCAACAGAAAACCUUCCAAGACAGGCAACCAAAAACCUGUCCGAGUAUGUGGGUGAACAGUAGCUACACUAUGAUUUUUUUCUUUCCUCUUGCAAAAACUGCUGACUUGAUAUGCCUUUUCCAAGUUUGAUGAUGGUACAGAAGACUGUCUCAAAUCUGUCUCAAAUCAUGUUUAAACCACUGUAAAAAAAUAUUAAAAACACCUUUUUAAGUCAUUUUGUCAUUUAGAGUGAACAACUGGUAUUGAAAAUGAAGGCAAUGUCUGCGAUGGGCAAUUUUUUGAAAGCAACUUCCGUUCCCUUUAAAUGUCCAUAGUGACCUGUAUGGCCCAGGAUGGUUAGAUUGGAUGGGACCAAACUGCUUAAUGUCACUAGACUCACAAAAGUAAUAGUUUAUCAUAAUAAAUUCUCUCAUGACUGGCAGUAGAAAACAACAGAUGUAUAACUUCGAAUGCUCUUAUUAGGUACGCUCUGUUUCAUUUUUGCGUCUACUGUCAGAAUCGAUUUCACUUUGUUUUUGGUGUUUAUAAUGGUUUUAGAGUGGAUUUCUUAAAUAGUCAACUGUGUUUAACACAUAUUGUGUACAACUGUGUAAAUAUUCAGUCCAGUCAAGAGACUCCAGGGCUUGUUUGUGGUAUGUUGUUUUUGUGGCAGCAGCAUUGCAUGUUGAGUAAAUGAGUGAUGAUGUUCACUGCAUGAGAGAAUCAGGUUGUAAAAGGAGGCUCAAAGAUAACAAACGCCUUUGUGAGGAGGAGAGACACAUCCUGCCAUCCUCAUGCUGUGUUUAAGAACCUUGUGUUAGCUGGGCUGACAACGUUCUCAACUGCCCCUCUCACACAAUACUUUGUCAAUUUGUUUGAUGUAUUUUUUUACAUGUGGACAAUAGACCUGUAGGUGGCGCUUUACUUGCUGACCGGAGCUGCUCUGAACUAUUUUUUUUUUUUUUAUUGCAGUUGCUACUGGUUG